UGUGUGGAUAAUAAAAUCUUAAUAAAUGUUAACUAGUAAUUUUUCAGAAAUUAUUCCUUAGGUGCAUUAUUAAACAGAUUUGAGAGAUGUUUGUAAGGUAGAAGUCAUAGGCAAUGAAAACCGAGUUUCAAGGAAAAAGCCAUUUACAAAGAAAAAAUACGGAAGUUGUGAAAGUAGUUUGAAGGAGGUAUGGAGUGCAGGAUCAAGAACUGAUUUUGAUGGAAUGUUCAGGAGAAAAAAAUGGAGAGUAAAAAGGAAUGAAAAGGCAAUAAGAUAGUCCCUAAAGUAUGACAGGAACCAGGAUAGUAUAGUCAUGUGUAGACUAGCAGAGGGAUGGUUGGUAAUGGUUAAUGUCAGAUCCUACAGAGAAAAAGUUGUGUUGAUGAUAUUGAUAAAUUCAACCAGCAGAUAUUAAUUGGGUAUCUCUCAUGGGCUAAAUGCUAGGGAUGCAGAACAGAUUUAGAUAAAUACACUGUAUUCAAAGAGCAAAAAGUCUAGUUAGGGCAAAAGACAUGGAAAUGUAGCAACUUUUGAAUAAUCAGGAAUUUCUUAGACUUAAUUGGUAAAUUUGCUUUAACUUUAAAAACUUAAAUUGAUCUAUAGUUCAGAAACAUAGGCAGCUUCAUUGAACUCCUUUCUUUUCUAGACAAUGGCCAAGAACAAACUAAGAGGGCAGAAGUCCCGGAAUGUAUUUCACAUAGCCAGUCAAAAAAACUUUAAGGCUAAAAACAAAGCAAAACCAGUUACCACAAAUCUUAAGAAGAUAAAAAUUGUGAAUGAUGAAAAAGUUAACAGAAUGAAUAAAGCUUUUGUAAACAUACAGAAGGAACUUGCACACUUCUCAAAAGGCCUUUCUCUUGAACCUCUGCAGAAAGAGCUGAUUCCUCAGCAGCAUCAUGAAAAUGAACCAGUUAAUGUUGAUGAAGCUACAAGAUUAAUGGCUCAGUUGUAAUAAUUCUCUUGAAAGACCAAUAAAUUAAAUGUUUUAUACAACUUUAUUUUAAAAAAUCUUGUUAAUGUACAGGCAUUGGCACAUUUUAAAAACAAACUACUUAAACAGAUCUUUCCUAUACUCUAGGAAAGUGGAAUGUCAGAAGUCAACAAAAUGUGAUAAACUUAAAGUGCUAAAACAGAAGGCACUUCACAAAAUCUGUUCACUGAAACAGUUAUAUAUCCUCAUUUACAUCCUUCACUUUAUAAAUGGCAGUGAAAUGUCUGAAUUGAAGGACAUACAGAAAUACAGUUUUGUGGCAGUAAAAGUGUAAGUGAUUAGUCCUUGGCCACCAUUUUUGUUUUUGAUGACCUGAACUCCACUUUAACUUUACUCUCAGGAAAGGAAGCAACAGAAGGAUUAAGAAUUGGAAGAGAAGUUGAAAUCCCAAAAUGUAAUUACUUUUGGGGGAGAAGGAAGGGAGGCUGGUGAAUCACUUUACCC